CACUGGUAUGCGUCAGACUAAAAUGUAAACACUCCUCGCGCUCCGGCAGCAGCUUCCUCAGUGAUAGUUUGUCGAGUUAGCUAACGGGAUGUUUCCGCGUCGAAUAUUUUACUAGCAAAAGGUCACCAGCUUAGUUUAUUACAGUCAAUAAUCCGAGUAGGUAUCAGAUGAUGUUCUAAAUUCUUUUUUUGGGGCUUUACAAGACCGCAUCAAAUUACUGUCGUAAAGUUAAUCUUAGCUAGUUUCAGCUAGCUAGCUCUCGGACGUAUAAAGCCUGUUUCCUUGCGAAAGGAAUUACAGUACACUCAACAAUACUUCGGCUGCUAGCUAUAGUUUAAUGCUAAAAGCUCACCCUUCUUUGUGCUAAAAUGGUGCUUUCUUUGGUAAGCCUUUGUGCCAAGGAGGUGGUGAGUGACCACAGUUCGUCGCCCUGCUGGCUGAGGUGGGUGCCUAGGGAGCUGUACAGACCGCUGCUGGAGGCCUCUUUCGCCAGCUGCAGACCGCUGGCUGUUGGUGAACUGGUGCAGAGGUGGCCUGAACGCACACUGCGUGUCGGCAGACGCAGGAAACAAGGGCAAUCUGGGCCAAAUCGACUCUGCAUCCAAGCUCUGUUACUCGCAGUUGUUAGAGGACUGUCGGACAAAAGGUGUGCCCUGCAUGUACUGGACCUCUGUGGACUGCAAGGAGAUGAAGGAGGAAUGGGAGACCCCAUGGGAGGUUGGUCUCUGACUGUGGCUCUCUGCACCAUGGUUGUUCAGGCCAGAUCAGGAGCACAGAGGACCCAGCGGGAGAGGAAAAGGUUAUCAGCCCUGGAGAGAGAAACGGAUGUGAAAAGAGAGAGGGGGCAGCGGAAGCGAGGGAAGGAAACAAAUGGCGAUGAUGAGGCAAACACAAAUAAUGAGCUGGGUGGAAAUGACAGAGAGAGGAUGGCAUCAUAUGGGAUUCUGGGUGAAGAGCAGCUGAUUAAAGGUGUCAGGAGGAGGAUGGAGAUAGAGAGGAAAAGAGAGAUUGCCAUGACAGGUUUAGGUGGAAGUAGCAGAAAUGAGACUGAACAAAAAGAUGUAAACAGGGACGUGUUGGUGCAUGUAAGAGCUGAUCUUUUUGUAAAUGCUCGCUCUUGGGAGCGUGUUCGCGGGGCUCUGAGUUCAAUGGGACCCCUCAAGCUUCAGUGUAGAUACCUACGUGUGGAAGAGAUUUCAGUAUCUAGUAUCAGGACUCUGCUAGGCAUGCUGCCUCGCCAGGGUCUUCUGGGCAUUGAUGUUCGCUACAGCAGCCUCGGGUUAACUGGCUUGGCUGAGCUGCUGCCUCUUCUCGCCGCCUUUCCAGCACUCAACUCUCUUCGCUUGCACUACUGUAACUUGGAUUUUCGCGGAGACCAGCCUGGCCAGGAAGAGGCCCUGAGGGACUUGUCUCAGGGUCUCACACAACUGCGAGAACUGCGACGCCUCAGCCUCACUGCGCUGCGCCUGCCUGGACAACUUCGUGUGCUGCUUAGCUCACUGCCUCAGCCUCUAGAGAUACUGGAGCUACCCUAUUUGAGCCUGAGUCCUGCUGACCUCGCCUAUCUGUCCUGCAGCCAUCAUGCCUCCACACUGCAGCAGCUGGAUCUCAGCGAGAACCAUCUAGUUGAGAACACCCUGACCUCUAUUUGCCGCCUCCUCUCCCAGGCUUCCAGUAGCCUGCAGCACCUCACUUUAAGUGGCUGCGGCUUUACUGAUAGCCUGCUGGGACUCUUGCUUCCAACACUGGGAGGCUGCAGGGCCCUCAAGAGCUUGGCUUUGGCCCUGAACCCACUCUCCAUCGCAGGCCUCAUGGACCUGGUUAGGAUGGCAGUGAGAAUGCCCUCUCUCCGUCAGUUACUGUACCCCAACCCCUUGGAGGACUACCAGCCAGGCCUUCCUGACCUGCCCACCAGUGCUCAGCUUUUAGACUGGCCGCUCGAUGAAAUCACAGACAUCAACUUUACCAGCAGCCAGCUCAACAGGGUGCUGAUAGAGAGCGGGCGCGCAGACCUCUUUCUGACAUGCGACCUACUCAAUUACGACAAAGACUUGGUGGACUAGAGCAGAGGUGAAGGGGAAGGAAAGAUGCUUUAUUUAGUUUGCAUGCCAACAAAUACCAAAGCAAUGUACAUAUACCUGACAAUGAAAUUGUCACUCUAAUACUGAUCUAGUAUUCAAUUAUCUGUUUUUUAAAAACUUUUUUUAACUACUUCAUCACCACCUGUCUCAUGUAUAUUUCUCUUAAGGGUAGCCAUAGUUGUGUGGAGGGUUGUCUUUUUAUUGUUGAGAGAUAAUGUUUCCUUCCCAGAAGGAAUGUGCAGUUUUUAAUAUUUGUUUGCCAGACAAAAGGACACAUGGACAUACAAUAAUCUCUACUCCUUUGGGAGGACAGGGAUAAUCCAUUCUUCAAUAUAAUUGAGCAAGUGACUUUGAUAAGUUCACUUGUUGAAUGUUAUCUAAUGUUCAAUUGUUGCAUAUGCUGGUUUUGUACCAAAAAUGACUGUGCUUUAUAAUCAGAUGAACAGGACAGUUGGAAUACAACUGUUGUUAUCCUUCUGUUUGAAGCAGUCCUUUUUUAUGCAAGGCACUCAUUCAUAUUCAGUAUCUAAUCGCUUAUUACAUGUACAUACUACUAAGUAGUACGUAGUUUGACAGUGGAUUGCAAUGUGUUUGCCAAGUAUUUUGUAUAUUUGCAUAAUUGUUCCUUAAACAGGAAAAUUAAUGUAACUGCAAAAUAUUUUAAAUAUAUACAUUACCAAUUUGAGUAAUGUACUUUGUCUUUCCCUAAUUUACAUAAUUGUCACUGUAUUUCUUGAAUAGGUUUUAAAAUGUCAAGGACUAUGCUUUAAUGUAUUUGUCCAAAUUACUGUAUAUAUUAAAAAUCAUUACAGGAAAUGCGUGUACCAAAUCACCCUCGUACCACAUGAAUGUAUUAAUAUACUGUCACAAAAUAAAUCAGUCAACAAGCUUUGAA